AUGGCGGUUAUAAAUGGUUUAAACUUUACGGUUACGGGCAUUUGUCGCUAUAUCGUUCUCGGAUCGGGCCAUUUUCAUGAGCCGAUGACUUCACGACAAUGUCUUUUCACAACGCCAUGGUUGAUCAUUAUGAUUAUUGGAGAAACCUAUCCCGCUUCAAUGACUCUUGUCGUCUCACUCGAGCGCUUUUUUGCGUCGAUGCUUAUUGCCGCCAUUUUGAAUGUUCUCUUUAACGUUCAAACAAACGCCGAUCGACAAUGUGGGACAACGAGCGGG